AUGACUAAGAAAAGAACUAUUGACGCUUAUUUCGGUAUACCUAAAGCCAAGAAGCCGCGUUAUUCUGAUACCCAGGUUGUCACUGAUGGCGAGUCAGCAAGCUAUUCUAAACAUGCAUCGUAUCCAUUCCCCAUACCUCACCUACCAGACGCUCUGGAGGCUGAGAUUUCUGGUUCUCCGGCACGUGAAGCUCGAGUAAUAGCAGACCAGCCAGAUCUUGAUCUCUUACACUUUGAGCCGUAUAUUUCGCGGUCGGCGGCUCGACAGCUGUUUGAAUUUCUGCGCUCUGAGCUGCCAUUCUACCGUGUCGAGUACGACAUUGCUCGAGGCGGGAUCAAAACACAUAUUCGUACGCCUCGAUGGACAACUGUGUUUGGUGUAGACGAAACAGCGCGUUUCGAGGACAUUCGUUCGGCGGCAUCUGGCUUGACAGCCGAUGUGCUACCUUUGAAAGAUGCUCCGAAAGGGGAGGUAGUAGACGCGCGUACUAGAAAGCAAAUUCCUGUUGGCAAGCCAAACCCAAAGGAAACGCCAGGGCAAAAGGGGUACAAAGCAAUACCGCGUCCCAUUCCAUACUGUCUCGACCUUCUGCGAAGAUCUACUGAGGCGGUAACGGGAUGCAACUUCAAUUUCUGCCUCGUCAACUACUACGCUUCCGGCGCAGACAGCAUCUCCUUCCAUAGCGAUGAUGAGCGCUUUCUCGGCUCGCUCCCAGCUAUCGCGUCGUUUUCGCUAGGUGCAAAGCGGGAUUUCUUGAUGAAACACAAGCCGCCGAAGCCGGAAUCGGGAGAGACUGCCUGCAAUAGUACAUCGCAAGGGUCGCUAAAACUUCCUCUCUUGAGUGGCGAUAUGGUGUUAAUGCGCGGCAAGACCCAAGCGAACUGGCUGCACUCGAUCCCCAAGCGUAGUGGUAAGAAUGAGUGGGAUGGCGGACGCAUCAAUAUUACAUUCCGACAAGCCUUAGUCAGAGGAGGCACAGAGAAUUAUUAUCAGUACAAUGUAGGCAGCGGGCCCGUCUACAAGUGGAAUGCUGCAGGGCAGGAGAUGAUUCCGUGGAUACAGCCAUCUAGACCAUGA